AUGACCCAGGACUACUGGGAGAAUCUUUAUCAGCUGACGUUGAAAGCAAAUGGGCCUGGCAACGUGCUGUUCUUCAUGAUCGUCAUCUUCCUCGGCUCCUUCUACCUGGUCAACUUGAUACUCGCCAUAGUGGCCAUGUCGUACGACGACUGCAGGAAGCAAGACCAAGAGGCUGAGGAUGCAGAAGCUGAAGAAGCACUAGUAACAUUUACUUCUUUCAUUUUUUUAAUUUUGAAAUAUUAG